ACCAGCAUUCUGCUUCGCUGCCUUCAACUUGCACGUUGAGUGUUGCCAGAGAGGGAGAGAAUCAACACGGCGGCGUCCAUACCACUGAUUUUGCCACCCCUUCGAGCCAAUUCUUCUUCAAGUCCAACCUCUGGUCACAUAUCCUCUGACUUAUCCCCAUCUCAAAAUGGUCGCCAUACAGAGCUCCCUGAGCAAGCUCUGCUCCCAAGAUCAGCUCAUGCUUCUGGACUCGAUUGACCAGCUCCGUUUGCAAGGCAUCAACAACUACAUCUCCCUCCCGCAAAUCAUCGUCUGCGGUGACCAGUCGUCCGGCAAGAGUUCCGUCCUGGAGGCCAUCUCGGGUGUUUCUUUCCCGGUCAAGAGCAACCUCUGCACUCGUUUCCCAACCGAACUCGUCUUGCGCAGGACCCCGCACAUCAGCGCGGGCGUUGCCAUUGUCCCCCAUAAAUCCCGCCCGGAAGCCGAGCAUAAGGCUCUUCUCGCCUUCCGCGAGGAGUUGGACGAUUUCGACAAUCUCCCCCAGCUGGUCGAGAGAGCAAAGGCCGAGAUGGGCAUCACGGCGUACGGCAGAGCCUUUGCCAAGGACAUCCUCCGUAUCGAAGUGACCGGCCCGGACCAACCUCAUCUCACCAUCGUCGACCUUCCCGGGCUUAUCCACUCCGAGACAAAAAACCAAACCACUUCGGACGUCGAGCUCGUCCAGGAUGUCGUCCAAUCUUACAUGAGGGAGCCGCGCUGCAUCAUCCUUGCCGUGGUGUCGGCCAAAAACGACUUCGCCAAUCAGAUUGUCCUGAAACUGGCCCGGACGGCAGACCCGAGUGGCACCCGGACUCUGGGCGUCAUCACAAAGCCCGACACCUUGAUCCCAGGGGGCGGGAGUGAAGCCCUGUACGUCUCUCUUGCCAGGAACCAGGAGGUCGAGUUCCGGCACGGCUGGCACGUGCUGAAAAACAUGGACUCCGAGAAAGGCUCUUGGAGCGUUGCGACCAGGGACGCCGAGGAGGCAAAGUUCUUCGGCUCUGGAGUCUGGAAGACCCUUCCGCUCUCCUCCCUCGGGAUCUCUAAGCUUCGCGGCCGCCUCAGCAAGGUCCUCCUUGGGCAGAUUGCUGCGGAGCUUCCUGGCUUGGUGCAUGAGAUUGAUCAGAAAUUCAAGUCCUGCCAUGAUCAACUCGAGAAGCUUGGGAAGCCACGAGCAAGCCCGCAGGAGCAGCGGCUCUACUUGUUCCACCUGAGCGGGUCCUUCCAGGCGCUUGUCAAAGCAUCGGUGGGCGGCAACUACAACGACCCAUUCUUCUUGGACGCCAAAACCGAAUCAGGUUAUCAGCAGCGCAUUAGGGCAGUUGUUCAGAACCUCAACAAAGAUUUUGCGUCCGAGAUGUCCCUCCGAGGUCACUACCACCAGGUCGUUGAUCCGGAAUCCGAGGCGGUUUCUUCCGAUUCCCAUGACGUGGUCUAUAUCACUAGAGAUGACUUCAUCAGCCAAAUCGAGCAUCUGAUGCGUAGGACGCGGGGGUGCGAGUUGCCUGGGACCUUCAAUCCGAUGAUCGUUGCCGAGCUGUUUCUCGAGCAAUGUCGCCCAUGGGGGGCCAUCGCCCGCCGCCAUGUCGAGAAUGUGUGGGACGCUGCCUCCCGUUUCGUCAAACUCGUUGUUGCACACACCGCGGACGAGUCGACGGCCAAGGCGCUGCAGUACGAGGUCUUCGAACCAGCAAUGAGCGGAGUCCUGCAGGAGAUGCGCGACAAAACCACAGAGCUGCUGAUGCCUCAUCAGCACGGCCAUCCGAUCACUUACAACCACUAUUUCACCGAGACACUCCAGAAAGUCCGCCGCGAGAGAGGAAAAAACGAGCGGGAGAGGAUUUUGUGUCGGUUCUUUGGUGUCGAGUCGCUCAAAACAUGGUAUUUGAAAGGCGAUUUUGAUCUCAGACGCCUCGCUGACUCGUUGGCGGAGAGUGGUGAGCUGGACAUGGGACGCUUUGCCGCAAGCGAGGCUUUCGAUUGUCUGAAUGCCUACUACAAGGUUGCUCUGAAGCGAUUCAUCGAUGACAUGGCCGUCGAAGUGAUCGAGGCCAAGCUGAUGUCCGCGCUGGAUCGCAUCCUGCCCCCUGUCUCGAUCUACCAAAUGCUUGAUGACCAGGUGGCUCGUAUUGCCGGGGAAUCAGAAGAAACCCGCACAAAGCGGGAGCAGCUCAACAAGCAGCUCGAGGUUCUCCGGAAUGGCUUGGAAACGUGCAAGCGCUUUGCGGGAUUCAGAAUCAGUGGAGGUAAGAACUGUGAACCCAUUAUCGCUGCAAAAUGGAUAUUCUAACGCCCUUCAGACUCGAUCUUUGUUUCCGCAAACGGACCUGAUAGUCUUGACUCCAUCAGCAAUAUGGCGGAUGCCAACCCGGACGCGAACUCGGACGCGAAGCCUGAGUUGUCCUCGGUGAGAUCAAC